GCGGUGUCUUCGUGAUUAGCGAGGGUGGGGAAUAGCGAGGGCGGGGAAUGGCGUCUUCCAAGAACAUGGAUGCGCUGAAUGCGAGGAAGCAGCUGCCGAAUGUAUGGCAGGCGCCGCUGAUGAGCACUCCAGCCAGAGAUCCGCUGUUUUGUUUCUACAGCAUCUUCUGCCCCUUUUGUGCCGCGUACCAGCUGCGUGGAAGAUCUUUGCACAAUGACUGGUCACGCUAUCAAUGUUGCGGCGGAGGCCUGCCAUGCAGCGGCCGUUGUGGAGAGCCCAAAUGUCCUCGCUUCUGUGCUGCCACUGAAGCCGUGCUUUGCUUUCCAAUGUCUGUCACUGCAACAAGGUUUAUGAUACAGGACUCCUUGGGGAUCCAAAACACCAAGUGUGACAACUGCAUCAUUGCGACGAUGUGGUUUCUCCAGUACCUCAACUGUAUCUGCUGGCUGGUUGCAACUUUUACUAAUGUGCCAUUCAUUGACGACGCAGCUCUCGUUGUCGACAGAGUUGCGGAUAUUGCCUACUGCAGUGUGUGCGCGUGCAUGCAGACACAGCAUAAAGUGGAGCUUGAUGUUCGCGAUGGAUUAAAGCCCGCCGUAUCGCGCACGCCUCCAGCAAUGCAGGAGAUGUCGCGAAAAUAGCUAGUAACCGGCUGCUGGUAUUCUCUCUCUUUCGGUUUCGCUGGCCAGGGUACUAGCUAGUUUCCUUUCAUUGUACUCAUGAUUCAUUGAAAUACGUUUUCCACAGCA